GACUUGAAGGUCUCGACAAAUAAACAAGUUAUACCUGUCACUGUAAUAAAAUCGUUAUUAAGCUAUCGCAUCACCGAAUAAUCGCUGAUUUUAAAUGGCUCUAAAUACAUCGUCAUGGCUGAAUCAAUGCUUCGUGGAGAAGAUCCUGCGAAAGUCGGAAAGCGACGAUUCAAUUCAAGUGAUCGAUAUAUUGUCGAAACCGGGCUCGAAUAAGGGUGAUAAUUAUCUCUGCGAUAUUAUCAGAAUUACUGCUGAAUUUACGCGUGAACAAGACGGACAUAAGAUUAUGAAAAAGAAAUCAAUCAUCGUUAAAGUUUCGCCCACCACCAAAUGUGUUCGAUACAAUAUUGUCACACAAUCAGGUUGCUUUCGUGUUGAAAUAUCGAUGAUGUUAGAUACCUUGAAUAAAAUGAAUAAGUUAUUAAGUCCAAAACACCGUUUAAAUGGGAAAGUUCUAUACGUGCAAAGUGAAAAUCCAUUACUUCUAGUGGUCGAGGAUCUCGUGCCUCUCGGUUUUCAUAUGGCCGAUCAUGGAUCUGGUCUCGACUUAGCUCAUUCCAUGCUGGUGCUUUGCGGAAUAGCCAGGUUUCAUGCAGCCUCUGUAGCUGUAUGCGAAAAAGAACCAAAACAAAAAGAGAUGUAUACUGGAGGAUUAUUUAACAACAAAAAUCCGUCAGAAGUGAAAGAUUUUUUCAAUGUAGGUACUAAAGCUUUAUCGGAGGAGAUUAUAAAUUGGCCAGAAAUAAAAAAAUAUUCGGAAAAGAUUGCUAAACUCUCCGAUCAUGUAUAUCAAAUAGGAAUAGAUGCAACCAAGCUCUCUGAGGAUGAAUUUAAUGUUAUUAAUCACGGCGAUUGUAACAUAAAAAAUGUGUUGUUUAAAUAUGGCAAUGAUGGCAAUCCUAUUAAUCAUAUUUUUGUAGACUUCCAGGGCAGCGUCUACACAUCACCGGCACUCGAUCUUCUAUUUUUUCUCAGUACAAGUGUUUCCUUUGAUGUCAUUGAAAAUAAGAGAGAUGUUUUAUUAAACGAAUACCUUGGCACCUUGUCGACGACUAUGAAACAAUUGAACUGCAAGACGCAGCCGCCCACAAUGAAGGAAUUGAAGGAUAUCAUGAAGCGAAGAGCUGGCAUUGAAAUGGUAUCAUCUUUCGCGGCUUUACCGUUAAUGCUGUGCCCUAAGACUGAAGCGAAAGAUUUUGAUGAGAUCAUGAACACUGGUACUUGGGUUAAUCCAGGCUUAAAGAGCGAGAAUUUUAAAAAAAUUAUGAUAAAGAGAAUCCCACUGUAUGAUGAGUGGGGUUUACUAGAUCUCUGAUGCAUAAAUGAUUUCUAAUUAUUAUCAGAAAUAAAAAUGAAAAAGAAAUAGAAAUCUAAUAAAGAAUUUAAAAAAUAAAAGACAUAU